GCGAGCCUCCCCAGACGUAUAAAAGCCCGUCCCUCGUCACUCACUCCCCUCAAGCAGAAACAUAAUCACUUGAGACAUCCGUUGACUACGCUCUACUUCAACUCAUACCCUUCUCUUCUCUUCACGACACUAACGAACGAGAUGGCGCUUUCAACUUUCUUCACCGAGCCGUUCUACUCCAUUGCGGACUUUGACCGCCUCUUCGACGAGGCCUUCUCUGCUCGCACAGGUGGCCAGAACAACGGCCGCGAGCUGCAGCAGCGGGAUGCAUCUUCGCGCUGGCUCCGUCCAAGGAUGGACCUACAUGAGGACAACCAGCAGAACCUAGUCACCGCGACGUUCGAGCUGCCCGGUCUCCACAAGGAGAACGUGUCGAUCGACGUCCACAAUGGGGUGCUCUCUGUCUCCGGCGAGUCGAAGGUCGAGGAGAAGCGGGACGAGAACGGGUACGCCGUCCGCGAGCGGCGGUUCGGCAAGUUCUCGCGCUCGCUGCCCCUCCCACAGGGAGUCAAGGAGGAGAACAUCAAGGCAUCAAUGGAGAACGGCGUGUUGACCGUUACGUUCCCGAAGACGACGCCAGACAUGGCGCCGAAGAAGAUCACGAUCUCGUAAACGCGUUCGGGCGUUGCAAGUUCGUGCAGGUGCGAACCUGGAGUACUCGGGUUUGCAGCGAUUUGUCCAUUGUAACAUGCUUGUAGUAUUGCGGGUUCGAGCGUAAUACAUCUUGUUUUCCUUUGA